UCCGGCCUUUGCGAUUCGGGACUUCGAAUCCGCGAGAUGAAGUGUCUGUUUGUUACUGUAGGGACCACCAGCUUUGACGACCUCAUUGCUUGUGUGUCGGCGCACGACAGCUUACAAAUCAUCAAGAGCCUUGGUUACAACCGACUUAUCCUCCAAAUUGGUAGAGGAACGGUGGUACCGGAACCGUUCAGUACUGAAUCAUUUACCCUGGAUGUUUACAGGUACAAGGAGUCCUUGAAAGAAGACCUGCAGAAAGCAGAUCUUGUUAUUAGUCACGCAGGUGCAGGAAGCUGUUUGGAGACUCUGGAAAAAGGCAAGCCACUUGUGGUAGUUAUAAAUGAAAAGUUAAUGAACAAUCAUCAGCUGGAAUUGGCAAGGAAGCUACACAAAGAGGGGCAUCUUUUCUAUUGUACCUGCAGGGUCCCAAGUUAUCCUGAAGAAGCCCAACGCUUUGCUUUUCCUGCUCUUGAGAAGUCCCAAGAUUCUGUGGUGCUGAUUCCAACUGCCGCCUUAUGUCUAGAUUUUGAGUUGUUUUCCGAAUACUUGCAGAAGCAAGCCCUUGUUAUUGCUACCAAUUUCUACCAAUACCCUGCUUUGUCCUUCUCGCCACGCUUCUGUUCCUUUUAUCCCCUCACCACCUUGGGCACAAUGCAUAAAGGAUGGAAAAAGCAUGCCAGUCAGAAGUCUUUGAAUGAGGUAUCAAUGGAUGAAUAUUUAGGCACCUUAGGACUGUUUCGAAAGCUGACCGCUAAGGAUGCCUCUUGCCUCUUUCGGGCUAUUUCGGAGCAGUUGUUUUGCAGCCAGGUCCAUCAUCUGCAAGUGAGGAAGGCUUGUGUUUCAUAUAUGAAGGAAAAUCAACAAAAUUUUGAGUCUUAUGUGGAGGGAUCUUUUGAGAAAUACCUGGAACGGUUGGGAGAUCCCAAGGAAAGUGCUGGCCAGCUGGAAAUAAGAGCUCUUUCUCUAAUUUAUAAUCGGGACUUCAUUCUUUAUCGCCAUCCUGGAAAGCCACCAACUUGUAUCACGGAAAAUGGCUAUGAAGACAAGAUUCUUCUCUGCUCUUCAAGUAAUGGUCAUUAUGAUUCUGUGUACUCAAAACAAUUUCAAUCAAGUGCAGCCAUUUGUCAGGCUAUAUUGUAUGAAAUUCUCUAUAAAGAUGUCUUUGUUGUGGAUGAAGAAGCAUUGAAAACUGCAGUUGAGGUAUUUCGAAGUGGUUCCAAAAGGAACAGAAACAUUGCUGUGACUGGAAGUGAGAAUGCCUGUAUUGAUUACAAGAAUUCAACUGAGGAUAGGACUGAUGAGUGGGGUGCCUCCUGCAAGGCUGAAAAUACACUAGAGAGCCAUAAUCAAGAAACAGAAGAAUCAAAGUCUCCAGAAAAUCCAUCGAAGAUGCUCUUCCCCUAUAAAGUGCUCAAAGCCUUGGAUCCAGAAAUCUAUCGUAAUGUAGAAUUUGAUGUUUGGUUGGACAGCAGAAAAGAACUUCAAAAAUCUGAGUACAUGGAGUAUGCUGGGAGACAGUAUUAUCUGGGAGACAAGUGUCAGGUUCGCUUGGAAUCAAGUGGGAAAUAUUAUAAUGCUCAUAUUCAAGAAGUUGGAAAUGAGAACAACUCUGUAACAGUAUUUAUUGAAGAAUUGGCAGAAAAGCAUGUUGUUCCACUGGCUGACUUAAAACCAGUUACACAAGUGACACCUGUUUCUUCCUGGAAUGCCAUUCGGAAAGGAAGAGGUUACCAGAAAAUAUCUGGAGGCUUUGUCCCAGAAAUGGUCAUGUCGGAGAUGGACAUGAAGCAGCGGAAGAAAUUGUUCAAGAAAGUUCGAGGGAAAGAGGUUUAUAUGACUAUGGCGUAUAGCAAGGGAGGCUCCCUCAUCGCACCCAGGCUUCAGCAUGACAUGCGUUAUGGGCACGAACCUCCACUUCACUACUCACCGACAGGAGGCGAUGGUUUAUCCGAUGAACAUUUUCAUUCUCCGAAUUCCUCUCAGAGACAUGGUCGGGGAUAUGGGAUGCCCAGGGAUUCACCUCGCUUUCUAAACAGGCACAACAUGCCGGGCCCUAAAGUUAGUUUUUACCCUGGCCCAGGUAAAAGGUGCUGCCAGAGCUAUGAUAACUUCUCCUAUAGAUCUCGUUCAUUUAGACGUAGUCACCGCCAGAUGCGUUGUAUGAAUAAGGAGUGCCAGUAUGCCUUUGUCCCAGUGAAUGGGCAGAUACCCAGUGGCUUGGAAGAAACUAUUACAUUUUAUGAAGUUGAAGAAGGAGGAGAGACUGCUUAUCCAACUGUACCUAACCAUGGAGGUCCUGCUACAAUGGUUCCUGCUGCUUCGGGAUACUGUGUUGCAAGACGGGGACAUAGCUCAGGCAAACAGACUUUCAAUUCAGAGGAGGGCAAUGUUCAGACUGACAGUGGGGAAUAUCAUGAAGAGUAUCUUUAUCCUUCAGAGCCAGACUAUGAAACUUCAGGUGUAUAUGGCACAACUGUGUCUACAGCAAACUUGUCUCUUCAGGACAGAAGACCAUGUUCUUUGUCUCCUCAGGAUACAGUUACCUCAUACAGCUACCCCCAGAAGAUGAUGGGAAAUUCUGCAGCAGUUGCAGCUUCCUGUGCCAAUAAUGUUCCAGCUACAGUCUUAUCUAACUGUACAGCAGCUAAUCAAGCUAGUAAUACCUCGCCAGUUUCCUCACAGAAUGUUAUUCAGCCUCUAUUUGUAUCUCCACCUACAGGAGGUAGAUCAGUGAUUGCAGCACCAUCCUAUCCAUACCAUUCUGUUCCUGCUGCUGGGUCCUCUCUUCCACCACCACCACUACCACUUCCUGCUUCUGCUCUUGAAAUGGGGGAGGCUUCAAACUUGCCACCUCCACCUCCACCUCCACCCUAUUCCUGUGAUCCAAGUGGCAGUGAUCUGCCUCAAGAUACAAAAGUUUUGCAGUACUAUUUCAAUCUGGGAUUGCAGUGCUAUCACCACAACUACUGGCACUCCAUGGUCUAUGCGCCACAGAUGCAACAGCAGCAGCUUUAUGUAGAGAAUUAUCCAAUGUAUUGUGAACCACCUUCUCUGGUAGACCAAACUGCUCCUCACUUUUACAGUGAGGUAGGGAGAGCAAGUGGUACACACAUAGAAGCAUCAACACAUGGUACUUUUCUGAAUAUUGACCCUGGAUCUAUCCCUCGUGGAGCAGUCUAUUAUCCAGUAAUGUCAGAUCCCUAUGGCCAGCCUCCUUUGCCAGGUUUUGAUUCCUGCCUUCCUGUUGUGCCAGAUCAUUCCUAUGUUGCCUCCUGGCAUCCAGUUGGUAUAGCAUAUGGUGGUUCUCAAAUUCAUGGUGCUAUAAAUCCUGGGCCGGUUGGCUAUAUUGCUUCACCUUCUUCAGCUUCUCAUUAUGUACCUCAGAAUAUGUAAGAUGCAGCAAUAUGAAGAAUAUUGCACUGCCGUUUUCUUGCUGUUUGGUUUUCAAAGAGUGUUUUAUGUUACUGUUUAAGUGAUGUAGGUGGUAAAAGUCAUCAUUCUUGUAUCUGUCUUUAAGAUUAUUUUAUCUUUUCAUUUAAAAUAUUCCUCUAAAGGAAUACUACUUUGGGCUGUGAAUAAGGAAAUCCAGAUGGAUGUACAACUAGCCCCAUGUUGAGCAUAGUUCAUUGUAUUCAGAUGUUUUCCUAUCAGCCAGCUUGUCACCUUUGUAUUAGCUGAUGGUGCCAAUUGAUAAAAGGAGUAAUCAUACAAACUAUUAACCUUGGUACAAGUAUCAUACAUAUUAAUAUUAAUACCUUGGUUCAGACAAAACUGUUCAAAAUUGGAAUAAUUUCAACUUUCUAGAAAGUAAAACAGCAAACCCAAGAGUUUUUGUUUCUGAAAAUCUUAAUAUUAAAUGAGAGAGCUCUUCAGGUUUCUUAAGAAUUAAUCUGACCUGAGUUGUGUUCUGUGAUGUUAAUCAGUUUUGAAGGCACAUGGUGCUCUGCUUUAGAUUUCUCUCAUAUGUUAUUGUUUAAUAUUAGAUGUAUGUAACUGUUUUACUGCACAGUAUUGAAUUGGUGUCCUUUGCACAGUUAGCAGUAAAUAAA